AUUCUAUCAUGGCUUCCAUCCAGGUCGAAAUUGUCGACUCGAUGUCGAAGUGUGACCGCGUGUUGCACCACCUCAAAAGAGAACCUUACCUGGCUGUUGAUGGGGAAGGUGUCAACCUCAGCAAGACCGGCCACUAACCCUCCUGCAGAUAGGAACUAAAGAUGGAAAGGUCUAUCUCUUUGAUGUCCUCACUGAGCGCAGAAUGCUGGAUACAGGUGGACUCAAAUCCAUUUUGGAAAGUGAAACAAUUGUCAAGGUGAUGCACUCCAGCAAGAACGACGCAACGGCGCUGUACUGGCAGUUCGAUGUGAAGCUGCACAACGUGUUUGACACGCAGCUGGCUUGCAUGGAGCUGCAGCGAGCAAAGGGUCGACGACUUCCCAGCCGCAUGAAGCUGGCCGAGGUGUGCAGGCUCUACUGCCCUCAGAAAGCCGACUUGCUGGAGGAGAAAGAGGAUGUACAGACCCACUGGUCCAAGAAUGAAGGAGAAUUCUGGGCUAAGCGUCCAAUGACGCAGGAAAUGAUUGACUACGCAAGUCAGGAUGUCCUGGUCCUCAUACCGGAAGUUUAUAUGGCAAUAAAAAGAGAAGUGGAGACGAGAGGUCUGACCAGCCAACUGACCACACAAACUUGUCUAGACAUCGAGGGGACGAUAAACAGAGAAGUGAAAGAAAGGAUCGAAGAAGAAGAAGAUGCCAUGGUUCUUGAGAUUCUUCAGAACUUUUCGAGGACCACCAGGCCUCCAGAUCGUCUGUCUGACAUUACAGAUGAGGAUGUUUUGGAUGCUAUCACCCGGCUGAGGAGUGAUCGUCUGGACACAGAGGGACUACCACCGAACAUCCGGAGCCUUAAGGUUCAGAGCCUCACAAGCAAGGUGGAGGAGAUAAGAACUGAGCUUGAUGAAAAGGGGGAGAGCAUUAAGCCGAGCGGCAACCUGUAUGGCGUCCUCUUCAGAAGCAUAUGUCACUCGGGAGAUGAUGCUCUGAUUCAGCUGGCAAGAGGAAUUGAAAGUCGACUGGACAAAAUCCUACUGAAAGACAUGGAAAGGAAGUACACCAAAAACACUCCCAUCCAACACAUCGCGGACUUUGAGAAACGCGUCCUGGACAGAGCCCUUCAUCCUCGAGGGGAAAAUGACCCCGCCGUGACCCCAGUGCUGCUGCGCCUGUACUGGCUGCUGCAGGAAGAGAGCAUCGACUCAAGCAUGCAGCAGUUCCAUGAUAACCGUCCUGCUUUCCGGAUCAACCAAGGCUACGAGAAAAAGCUUCGAUAUUUUCUCAGUGGAAGGGCGUCCCCUCUCGACUGCAGACGAAGGCGCAAAGCUUUAUGAGAGAGUUGGAGGCCGCGAGGCUCGUCGUCAGGCCCCCCUUCGGUGAACAACACUGAGAGAACAUUACAAGACAAGUAGGACGAUGAAACGAAGACAGCACACCUGUGACUAUGACAAGAAACAGCACACCUGUGACUGUGACAAGAAGACAGCACACCUGUGACUGUGACAAGAAGACAGCACACCUGUGAC